AUGUCCCCCUUCACCUUCCUACUCUUCCUCUUCGCCCUCGUGUGCACCGUGCUCGCUGCGCCCGCGAGCCUCGAGAAGCGCAUCACGCACACCGGCCGUGGCACCUGGUUCGACGUCGGCCUCGGCGCGUGCGGCAAGACGAACGUGAACAGCGACAAGAUCGUGGCCAUCUCGUCCGAGAUUUAUGGCUCCGGCGGGAACUGCGAACAGUACAUCCAGAUCACGAACACCAAGAACGGGAAGGUCGCAUACGGCAAGGUCCGCGACGAGUGCCCGGGCUGCGGCAAGUACGACCUCGACAUGAGCCCAUCGCUCUUCAAGGCCCUCGGCGCAUCCCUCGACGUCGGCGUCCUCUCGCUCUCGUGGCACUUUGAGAACAAGGCCUUCAAGCCCUGA